AGUAGCCUAUCAGAACAGCUACAGUAUUACAAGCGCAGACCCUUAAUUAACGGGCUACACAUAAUGGCUGACGACAGCCAGAACGUGAAUUGGGAGGAUCAUCCGGAUGACCAAAAUAAAGUUGUGGAGAAUAUGAAGGAGGAAACAGAGACACAUGAGACCAACAAGAACAGGACAGGAGGCAAGGCUAAACGUAAGUCCAGUGGCCGUGCCAAGAAGACUUCCGUGGAGGAGGACAGCAGCAUUGGUGCAGAGUCUUCUCAGACACCCGGGUGUGGUUUCCGGGAAAGGGGAUCUAUCAUUGAGCAGCUGGAGAAGGAGGCUCAGAGGACUCUAAUGCCUUCUCUCAAGAUUGGGACAUGCUGUGCCCCAAUCCUCCUCUCUUUCCUGAGGAGUCUAACUGAUGACCAAUGGAGAGUGAUUCAGCAUGGCAUGAAAAAUAACCUGACAUUCGAGCAGCUCUCAUUGCUGUGUCUGAAGAUUGUUAAGGUCGUGACCCAGACAGCCCUCCGCAUUCUCCUACCAGCGUUAGCUCGUAUCAUGGGGGUGAACCUGAGGAGUGGGGCAACCUCCCCAGAAUCCCAGUGCUCUCUGACAGGGUCUGAGGAUUCCUUAGGCAGUCUGGAUGAGAGAGAGAAAAGGCUGCUGAUCAGUGAGAUUAACUACUGGACUAAGGAGAGGAGGAGGAAUGGCAGUGCAGGGUGCCGCCAAAAAUCCACUCGCAGAACCUCAUCAUCAUGUUGGUCGCCUAAGAGGUAUGUUCACAGCAAUAUUUGA